AUGCUGAUUGUACUGAAACCAACUGAACAAACACCACUUAGUGCACUUUAUUGUGCUGCUCUUAUCAAAGAGACUAGCUUUCCACCAGGUACUGUUAACAGUGUACCAGUCGAUGUUCCUGUUCGAACUACUCAUAGAGCAGUGCUCACUCGUGCAGGUCAAGUAUGUUUUGCUGCAUCAAGAAUAUUUGUUCAUUUCACACUUCACGAUGCCUUUGUGUCUAAUAGUGUCGAAUUAGCAAAGAAACGUAUCGUUGAUGAUCCAUUUAAUUCUACAACUGAACAAGGACCAUAG